AUGGGGAGCGUCGGAGAAACGCAGCUGUGCUGGGCCAUCCUGGGCUUCCUCCUGCUCCAAGGCCACAACUCCCAGCCCACGACAACUAGCCCUCAGGGAAACUUCAGCAGUCAUAGUCCAACCACAGAGCCAACUUCCCCCCAGACAGGAGAUGGUCCUUCCGCAGAGCCCAACUACUCAAGCCCUCUGUCCAGCACCAGCAUCCCAGGCACAGGUGUCCCAAGCAGCGGCAAGAGGAGUGACAGUACAAGCAGAGACACCUCUCACAAUGUUACGUCCAAAUUACCCACCAUGAGUUUGAGGACGAGAGAAGACUCGACCAUCCUGCCCAGCCCCACGUCAGAGACCGUGCUCACUGUGGCUGCAUUCGGUGUUAUCAGCUUCAUUGCCAUCCUGGUGGUUGUGGUGAUCGUCCUGGUCAGUGUGGUCAGUCUAAGGUUUAAGUGUCGGAAGAACAAGGAGUCUGAAGAUCCCCAGAAACCUGGGAGUUCGGGGCUCUCUGAAAGCUGCUCCACAGCCAAUGGAGAGAAAGACAGCAUCACCCUCAUCUCCAUGAAGAACAUCAACAUGAAUAACAGCAAAGGAUGCCCCUCAGCAGAGAAGGCUACUUGUCCAAUGACGCUCAGCUACUACGGAUUGGACUACAAUGACCAGCACGCCCCGCGCUUUUUGGCGCCCCCUUCCCUUUCAGCCUCGGGCGCCGGGGAGGCUAGACAGACCUGCUGA